CAAUUGUACCUCGGCAUUGACGCAACGUCAGCUAAACCUGGGGUGUCGUCCAAAUCAAACCCUCUUCAUCUACGAUCAUGUCAAUGUCUCGCUCUACACAGAACCGGAGCUUCCACCUUAACAUGCGAUAACCGGGAAGAGCUGAAGGGCACCAUCGUCAACUGUCGAUUCUAGCUCGAAAAGAAACACAACUAUCACAAUGGCGGGUCGCGUGCGGCAUCCCAUCGACGUCAGUGCUUUGGAGAAGUACAUCGCCGAACAAGUGCCCGAGAUCAAGGUGCCACUGGAAGUGACGCAGUUCGGCUUCGGCCAGUCCAACCCGACCUACCAACUCACCUCCCCAUCCGGCGACCGCUACGUCCUCCGCAAAAAGCCCCCGGGCAAGCUCCUCUCCAAAGCGGCGCACAAAGUCGAGCGCGAAUACCGUAUCAUCGCGGCCCUAGGCCCGACCUCAGUGCCCGUCCCUAAAGCAUACUGCCUCUGCGAAGACGCCUCCAUCAUCGGCACUCCCUUCUAUAUCAUGUCCUUUCUUGACGGCCGCAUCAUCGUCGACCCCUCUAUGCCGGACUCGCCGCCCCAAGAGCGCGAAGCCCUCUACAAAGCCGCGACCACGACCCUGGCCAAAUUACACAGUGUCGAUUUUCGGUCCGUGGGCUUGUCCUCUUUCGGCAAACCCUCGGGCUUCUACGACCGCCAGCUCGCGACGUGGCGGCAAAUCUGCGACGCGCAAGCCGGGACCGUCGAUGUGGAAACAGGGAAACCCGUUGGUGCGAUCCCACAUACGGACGAGUUACUCGAAUUCUUCAACGACGAAAGGCUUCGACCUGUAGACCGCGGCACCCUCAUCCACGGCGACUACAAAAUCGACAACCUCGUCUUCCACGCCGUUGAACCUCGCGUAAUCGGCAUACUCGACUGGGAAAUGAGCACCGUGGGCCAUCCCUUGUCCGACCUGGCCAACAUGAUGAACCCCUUUUACACAAGCUCUAUGCCCCGUCAACCGGGCCAGCCCGACGUCGGGAAACCUUUUCGUCCAGGAGCCACUUCGGGGUUGCCCACGCCCGAAAAGAUCAUGGCGUGGUAUCGCGACGAGGCGGGUUGGGACCCGGUACCCGAGAUGAAUUGGGCUGUGGCUUUUAGUGUUUUCCGAUCAUCGGCCAUUUGCCAGGGCAUUGCGGCGAGGGUGGCGACGAGGCAGGCCAGUAGUGAGCAGGCGAGGCAGUAUGGAGAUAUGAUUGGGCCGUAUGGGGAGUUUGCGUGGUCUUUGGUUGAGAAGGUAAGGGAGAAGGGGAGCAUAUCUGCGAAAUUGUAAAAUGUAGCAAGUUUAUCAGUAAAAGGGGUUUACACGUUGAGGAACUGUUAUGAUUUCGCGGUUGAAAGCUGUAGUAUCUGGCCCACUUGAACUUGGCGGGAAUGACUGUCUUUGAACCUACAAAGGUCUAGUGAUAGUGGGAUUUCAUACCUUAGACGUUGGGCAAUGCCACACUUCACCCAGCAUUAGGCAACUGGCAAAAGCA